GGGAAUAGAAUACUCACUUCGCAGACCCCGUUUUCUGCAGUUUGCGGUUCCCUCCCUGAACCACAAAAUUCCCAGUUAUAGUUAUCCCCCUCACGUUGAUUUCACCCCCCGGCGCACGUUAAGGCUCCACUAGCGGACUGCUGCUCAGAGAGUGACUGUGACUGAUCUCGGAAAUGGCUUCGGCGAGGGUAGAUCUGGACGGAAAUCCGAUAAAGGCGAUGACGAUAUGCAUGAUCGGUGCUGGAGGCUUCAUUGGCUCCCACCUUUGCGAGAAGCUGAUGGCCGAGACUCCGCACACCGUGCUGGCCGUCGACGUCUACAACGACAAGAUCAAGCACCUCCUCGAGCCCGCCGGCUCCCAUCCAUGGUCCGAUCGCAUCCAGUUCCACCGCCUCAACAUCAAGCACGACUCCCGCCUCGAAGGCCUCAUCAAGAUGGCAGAUCUGACAAUUAAUCUGGCGGCCAUUUGCACUCCGGCAGACUACAACACGCGCCCGCUCGACACGAUUUACAGCAAUUUCAUCGAUGCGCUCCCCGUGGUCAAGUACUGCUCGGAGAAUGGCAAACGUCUCAUUCACUUCUCUACUUGUGAGGUGUAUGGGAAAACGAUUGGGAGCUUUCUUCCUAAAGAUAGCCCUCUUCGUCAGGAUCCUGAAUAUUAUGUUCUUAAAGAAGAUGCCUCCCCUUGCAUUUUUGGUUCUAUUGAGAAACAAAGAUGGUCCUAUGCAUGUGCAAAACAAUUGAUUGAGAGGCUAAUUUAUGCUGAGGGUGCAGAGAAUGGUAUGGAGUUCUCAAUUGUGAGACCCUUUAACUGGAUUGGACCCAGAAUGGAUUUCAUACCCGGCAUUGAUGGUCCAAGUGAGGGCGUUCCAAGGGUUUUGGCAUGCUUUAGUAAUAAUCUCCUGCGCCAUGAGCCACUCAAGCUUGUUGACGGUGGCCAAUCCCAGAGAACUUUUGUUUACAUAAAGGAUGCAAUUGAAGCUGUUUUGCUGAUGAUUGAAAAUCCAGCUAGAGCCAAUGGCCAUAUUUUUAAUGUGGGAAACCCUAACAACGAAGUUACAGUUAGGCAACUUGCUGAAAUGAUGAUUCAGGUCUAUUCGAAGGUUAGUGGGGAACCUUCUCUGGAAGUACCUACUGUGGAUGUGAGCUCCCAAGAAUUUUAUGGGGUGGGAUAUGAUGAUAGUGAUAAGAGAAUUCCCGACAUGACCAUAAUCAAUAGGCAACUUGGUUGGAACCCAAAGACUUCUCUGUGGGACUUGCUUGAAUCAACACUCACCUAUCAACAUAGGACGUAUGCUGAGGCUGUUAAGCAGGCCAUUGCAAAACCAGCUGCCAACUAAAUCAAAAUGGUGUGUGGUGGCACUUAAGAAGUGGAUCUUGCUUAUGUUGCUGCCGAUUAGCAGGUGUUACCAAUCUUUUGUAAGUCCAUCUUAUAAUAUAUGUUAAUGGUUGAUUCACAUAUGCGCUACAUUUUUUUGUCUUUCCAGUGUCAGUAGUCAAUAGCUGAAGUAGCUCAGGAAUGUGUUUUGGAUAUUUCGAGAAGAACUUAGAUUCUGUUAUAAAUUCUUGUUAUACCACUGUAAUUGGUCAGUAAAGUUUGGCUAUAGAUGUCGGGCGUUAUUAAAGGAAAGCUGGAGAGCUGUGGGUAUGCUUAUCGUUCCUAUAACUCGUCACUCCCAGUGUGUUGUAUUAUUCUGUUUGACGAUCUCCAGCUCAUGUUUCUUAAUUUAUUUUGUAUUAAUUUCAUGCAAUUACUUAUUUUGGUUGCC